AUGAGCUCUGAGAUGAACGGUCCGCGGAGAGUCAAACUUGUUCUUCUUUCGUGGUAUUCAGUCCUCCAGCUGCUGACAGCACAAGGUGAGUUUCCCAACGACACAUGCGCAUAAUCCCUAAACCAUUUUAUUUCAUAAUUUUUACAGUUGAGUCAUUUAUCCAGCGUUUCAGCGCUUUUGACAUUUUAACCUAAUUUCAGAGAGACCAGCAAUUUAGGACCCGCGCUAUAUCCGUGACCUUGAUUAAAAAAGUUUUUUGACAUUUAAACAUUAUGAAAUAUCGGAUAAUUGUACUGUUCCUGAAUGACAUUUAUUUAUUUGUCCCUCUUUAGUGACAUUAAUCACAUUAUAAACAGACACUGUAGUUGUGUAAAUCCUUCUGGGGUGUCUUAUUUAUGCUGUUUAAAUAUGUGCAAUACUAAUUCUACUGAUAGGCAGCAAUGGUUCUGCAUUUUGAAGAUUAGAUGUCUGUUGUUGUAGAUAUGAUAUUUGUUAUGUGUUGUGAUAUGUAAAGUGAGCCUAUACAUUGUGAUAGUGUGUGUGAUGUUUUAUUGAUGGCUUUUUCUUGUGCUCAGAAGCUCAGAGCCAACUGACAGAGACAGACGGAAGACUACAGAGGUGAGAGGAUGAAAGGAAAAUAGAAAAACUCAUCCUCUCUGGGGAUUCAUUCAUUCAGUGUCAUGGCCAAGCAGAUGCGUGUGUGUGUUUGGCUGUAUUCAGGUGGUCUAAAGUGCACCUAACUUCAGUUGACAUGUUUCUCCUCAUAAUGUACGUUUCUCUCCGUGUGUGUGUGUGUGUGUGUGUGUGUGUGUGUGUGUGUGUGCAGGAGGGCUAAUGCACUGCGGAGGAAACGGGAUCUCCUAGGGGAGGAGGUAGGUACACUACACCUAAGAGAAGCAGAGGUCAGGGCACACACUCAACACCCUGACCAGCACAAAGACGCCUUUGUAGGACACACACACACACUGGGGCAACUACAAAAACACACACACACAAACAGGGCUAGAGAUACACAGCAGGGUAGUGGAGGGUAAACGCACGUAAACGCCACAUUUUGUUUUGCACGGUCGUAACCCACCUUUUGCAGUGAAAUGCAUUGAAAGUACAGAGAUUGUUACUUUUUUCACCGCAACCGGCGAUCGGAGUUUACCCACCAAUUUAUUUAUCACUACAUCAUUGGAUACACACAUACUACACACACACUAUACACACAGUGUGACAGAUUCACAAACUGGGACUGGUAGGUUUGUAUGUAUGUGUGUGUGAUCAUCAGUGCUCUCUACUCUCCAGACAUUCAGUCCUCUUCUCUCUGAAGCAACUCUCCCUCGCAGUGUUCUACACAAUUACACCGCCCGUGAUGCCUCCUCAGGUACACACACACACACACACACACACACACACACACUCACACACUCACACACUCACAGGGUGAGGUUGGGUCAACACGGCUACAGAAAGGACUAAAAAGCAGUCUGUCUUGUAAAGAAUAUUUUUUUUCUAUGGAUUCAUCUCAAAAGUCUUUCCAGAGAAGAUUGAGGAAAGAUUGUGUGUGUUUUACCAGAGUACUGCGGCUGUCUGAAUGGGGGCUGGUGUCAGGAGGGGGGGAGGUGUGACUGUGCACAGUUCCAGGCCCUCGGAGACCGCUGCCAGAUCAGUGAGUAACACACACAAUCCGCAAUGAAUGUCUCAUUUUCAUGUGUGUGUGUGUUUGUGUGUCUGUGUGUGUGUCUACAUGAGGGUUAGACCAACAUAUCAUUCAACAAUUGUUAAUAAGCUGCAUUCAAUUAAUAACCACACACACACACAAACACCCCCUAGUCCACAUAGUGUGUGAUUAAGUCUGGAGGAUUAGGGUUGAGUAUCUGUAGACUACAUCAGAGCUGGGUCUAGUACAGCCUCAAUACUAGUAGCAUGCCUGAGAAUUUAAUUAGUGUUUUCCUCGCCCAACUGUGGUUGGUUUUGGUGGGUUUGGUGGCACGAUGGUAAUAUGAAGUGUUGCUGUUGGGUUCUCGUCCCUGGUGAGGCAGACAGGGAUGAACUCUGUUACACACUGUUCCUGUUAAUCAAAUACCUACCUGGGGAAAGUACCACCACAGCACCACCACUGUUAGACAGUGGGUCUAUUUGGCAGGUCUGGGAAUAGUACAGAGACAGGGGUUUUCUGUAACUGAGCGGCUUUUAGUGAGCUGGCACUGUGGGUAACCAACCCCCCCAUGCCUCCUACACACAAAGACACACCAGUGCACCUUCAAGCUGAUUCAGAGUUGAGAUAAGCAUGCAAAACUUAGUGUGUGUGUGUGUGUGUGUGUGUGUAGUUCCUAACCAGGGCCAGGACAGAGAUGGGAUCUGCAGGUCUUGGGGUCAGCACCAUUAUGAGACGUUUGAUGGCAGCUACUUCUACUACCCUGGAACCUGCUCCUACAUACUGGCCCAGGACUGCCACUCAGCCACACCACAGUACACUGUGUGGGUCCAUAACAGCCGUGUGUGUGAGGGAAGUGUGUACUCCUGUCCCAGGGCUCUCAGUCUCUUCUUCCCCAACGAGGAGGAGAUCCACAUCGCUGGAUACCAAGUCCACCAGGGGGGUCGCAGGUUGGUGGGCUAUGGACGAAUGUUUGUGUUUUGUAAUGUGUGUGUAUGCUCUGUAGUAAUGUGUGUAGGGUGGCAGGUAGCCUAGCGGUUAGAGCGUUGGGCCAGUAACUGAAAGGUCGCUGGUUUGAAUAUCCGACCUGACAAGGUGAAAAAACUGUCGAUGUGCCAAUGAGCCAGGCACUUAACCCUCAUUUUCUCCAGGGGCGCCGUACUACUAUGACUGAACCUGUAAAACAACACAUUUCACUUAACCUAUCUGGUGUAUGUGACAAUAAAGCAUCUUUAAAAAAAAUCCAUGUGUGUCUGUGUGUAGGCUGAGCCUGCCCCAGACAAUAGGAGGUGUGUUUAUAGAGCGUCUGGCUGACUACCUGCUGGUGAAGAGUGUGUUUGGCUUCUCUCUGGCGUGGGACGGGGGUAGUGGAGUAUAUCUGAAGAUGUCUGAACAGCACCACGGCACCCCCUGUGGCCUUUGUGGGAACUACAACAACCUGCCCAACGAUGACCUCACCACAGCCCGCGGUGAGACACACACUCACACACCACAUCAAAGCCCACUGUAAGACUGGACAGACGGGUCCGACUAGUCUCUUAUCCUCCCUCCUCCAUCCAUCUCUUAUCAUCUCUCUCAGCACCCAAUCAUCCCUCCAUCACAACCUUUCUCCUCGCAGCACCACAGGGAACCAUUAUAGUUAUUAUUACUGAGGGGGAGGCCCUAGUCCUGUAACAUGACCUAGAGAGGAGAGGAGAGGAGAGGAGAGGAGAGGAGAGGAGAGGAGAGGAGAGGUGAGGAGAGGAGAGGAGAGGAGAGGAGAGGAGAGGAGAGGAGAGGAGAGGAGAGGAGAGGAGAGGAGAGGAGAGGAGAGGAGAGGAGAGGAGAGGAGAGAGGACAGGAGUGAGUAGAGAGGAGAAAUGGGCAGCAGGUUGCCUAGUGGUUAAGAGCAUUCGGCCAGUAACCGAAAGGUCGCUGGUUCGAAUCCCAGAGCUGAGCAAGGCACGUAACCCUAAUUGCUCCUGUAAAUUGUUCUGUAUAAGAGUGUCUGCUAAAUGACGUAAAUGUAAAUGAGAAAAGAUGGAGCAGAGGAAUGCAGAGGAGAGGUGUGAAGAGGAAUGAGUAGUUCUUCUAAUAAACAGUUGUUCUAUUAUAUUGGAUUAUAUUCAGGCAUGUGGAGGGAGGAUCCCUAACCGUGUGUGUACGUGUUUCGUUUGUGUGCGUGCCUGUGUGUAGGCGUGCAGACAGAGGAGCCAGCAGUGUUUGCUAACAGCUGGUCAGUCGAUCUGCCCCAUGAGAGAGGCUGCCCUCUGGUGGACAUAGAUUUCACUGGACCCUGCCGCUCUGAGUCUGACAUGGACGUAAGACCUGUCUCUGUCUGUCUGUCUGUGACCCUGUUGCUUGAACCUGGCUCGUCUAUGUGCCUGUGUUAUGUGUGCUUAUUUCUGUGUUUGAUUGUAAUAUGUUGAUGUAUAAAUGUGUGUGUGUGUGUGUGUGUGUGUGUGUGUGUGUGUGUGUGUGUGUGUGUGUGUGUGUGUGUGUGUGUGUGUGUGUGUGUGUGUGUGUGUGUGUGUAGGAUGCCAUAGAGAAGUGCAGUGCUCUCCUGUUCUUCCCCUUCCUGUCCUGUCAUGAGAACAUCGACCCAAACCCCUACGUGGCUAGCUGUGUCUCUGACCUCUGUGUGUAAGUCACUCCAGAGUGUGCAUGUGUCCUGUAAGUCAGAACGUUUUUGAUUCCUCCGUGUUGUCUGGCUAUUCUCUGACUGAUGUCUGACUGUAGUCUGGGGGUUAUCUGAGUGUUGUCUGGCUGUUGCCUGGGGGUUGUCUGGCUGUUGCCUGGGGGUUAUCUGGGUGUAGUCUGACUGUUAUCUGGGUGUAGUCUGACUGUUAUCUGGGUGUAGUCUGAAUGUUGUCUGGGUGUUGUCUGACUGUUGUCUGGGUGUUGUCUGACUGUUGUCUGGGUGUUAUUUGAGUGUUGUCUGGCUGUUGUCUGGGGGUUAUCUGGGUGUAUUAUGACUGUUGUCUGGCUAUUCUCUGACUGUUGUCUGACUGUAGUCUGGAGGUUAUCUGGUUGUUUUCUGGGUGUAGUCUGAUUGUUGUUUGGGUGUUGUGUGGGUGUUAUCAGAGUGUAGUCUGACUGUUGUCUGCUGUAAUUAGGUCAGAUGAUGAGGAGACGUUUUGCCGUGUGCUGGUGGAGUACACACGAGCCUGCAGCCAUGUAGGAUACCCUGUACGAGAGUGGAGAGAUAGCUUCCCAUCCUGCAGUCAGUAACGUUACACUAACAUAACCCAAACCUUUAACUAACCUUGAGCUAACAUAUUACUACGGUAAGUCUUUCAUUUGACUGUUCCAUAGAUGAUGGCUGUGAGGAGAGUUUUGUCCAUAGAGACUGUAUCAGCUGCUGCCCUCCCACCUGUACCUUUGAUAAGGAGUGUCUGGGAACUAACCUGCACUGUCUGGAUGGAUGCUACUGCCCUGAUGGUACACUCACACACUCAUACACACACGGACACACACACACACACAAACGCACACAAACUCCCUCUCACCCUCUGUGUGUCCGUCUGUCUCAGGGUUGAUUCUGCAGAAUGGGACUUGUAUCGCUGUGUCUCAGUGUCCUUGUGUCUACCACGGCACCUCAUACACACAGGGACACACUCUGGAGCAGGGCUGCAGCGUCUGGUGAGUGUGUGUGUAACUUGUGUGUGUGUGUAUGCGUGUGUGUCACUAACCUGUGGUGUGUUUACAGUGUGUGUAUGGGGGGAGUGUGGAACUGCACGGACAACAACUGUACAGGUGAGCUGACCAUGUCAUACAGUAUAUUAUCAAAGCUCAUAAGUGGGACGAUAUAAUGUCACACUCUCUCUCUCUCUCUCUCUCUCUCUCUCUCUCUCUCUCUCUCUCUCUCUCUCGCAGCGGAGUGUUCAGUAGUAGGUGAUGUGUUUGUGACAUCGUUCGAUGGGAGGAUGUUCCUGCAGCCAGGGGCGUGUCAGUACGUCUUGGCCAAGAGCCGCAGCGGCAGCAGAUUCACUGUUACCCUGCAGUAUACCACCUGCACAAAGGUAACACACACACACACACACUGCAGUAUACCAUGUCACAGAGGUAACACACAUAUACAGCCUGACACAGUCGUGUGUGUGUGUAGGCCCAGCAGCAGGUGUGUAUCCAGUCAGUGACGGUGGUUCUGGAUGAAGAUGUUAGUCACCAGGUGACUCUGACCCGAGAGGGGGAAGUGCUUAUAGGGGUCAAUCCCGCCCCUGCCUUGCCCUACGCCGAUGGUAUGAUACAAUAAACUUAAUUGAUUCCUUUUAAUAAUACUAAUAAGGAUACGGAUAUGAGUACCAUUAGGUAGCAUGUCUAGAGAGAACAAUAACGGUCCCAACACACAGCCUUGCGGAACACCUUAUUUUACGUCUGACUUAAUGUGUGUAUAUGUGUGUAGAUGUAGUUGAGGUGCGGAGGUUAACGUCGGUGUUCGUCCAGCUGAGGACGUUGCUUGGACUGCGUCUGCAAUAUGACUGGCGUGGUGGGCGUGUCUAUCUACAGCUGGACAGCCAAUGGCGCAGCAACACGCUGGGCCUUUGUGGAACCUUCAACGGAAACCUGCGGGACGACUUCCUGUAAGGAAACACUACUUCCUCUCAUGCUGACUUCUGACUCCUAUCAGUAGAUGUACUUUGGAGGAAAGGUUUUUGGCAUUUUUGUCUGAGGAAGUUGAGUAAAAUAGUAUUACAGUAAGAAUAUUCAUGAAACGUUGUCUGGCCUGUGUGUGUGUGUAGGUCUCCAGCAGGGAUGAUUGAAGGGACUCCCCAGCUCCAUGCUAACUCCUGGAGAGUCUCAUCUGCUUGCUCCGCCCCCAUCAACCAGCCCAUCAUUGACCCCUGUGAGAUGAAUCAGCACAACGGUAACCUCUGACCCCUGACUUCAAAACUCUAACCUGACCUCCGUUUGUUUUCUUGUAAUAUCUCUCCACAUAUUGUCUCAAAAGCUGUGUGUGUUUUCCAGUGUUCUAUUCCUCUCUGUGUGAGGUGUUGUUGGGCAGUGUGUUCUCUCCAUGCCAUGGUUACGUCAGUCCCAGUGUGUACCAGCAGCAGUGUCGCUACCAGGCCUGUCGCUGUGGUAACGCCUGUCUGUGUACGGCCCUGGCCCACUAUGCCUAUCUCUGCUCCAAACACCAUGUUACUAUCAACUACAGGGCCCACGUCUCAGAGUGUGGUGAGUCUGUGUGGGGAGUGGGGUGUCGGAGUAUAUCUAAUGGUGGUGUGUCUUGGGGGUGUGAUGGAGGUGUGUAACUCAGAUGUGUGUGUGUGUGGGUGUAUGUGUGUGUGUGUGUGUGUGUGUGUGUGUGGGUGGGUGUGUGUGUAGGGAUGGUGUGUAUGGGUGGGAUGCUGUACCAGUCCUGUGUGUCGUCCUGCGGCGGGUCCUGCCGCUCCCUAUCCAGUGGAGAGACCUGUAACCAUGAUGACUGUGCUGAGGGGUGUGGCUGCUCCGAGGGCAGUUACUACGACGACGUACGACAACGCUGCGUUCAGCCGUAAGACUUCGCCCCCCCUACACAUUAUCGCCUAACAUACACCAUCAUCUUGAUCAAAAAACACAUAAUCAUCGUUGUCAAAUCAAAUCAAAUCAAAUUUUAUUGGUCACAUGCGCCGAAUACAACAGGUGCAGACAUUACAGUGAAAUGCUUACUUACAGCCCUUAACCAACAGUGCAUUUAUUUUAAACAAAAAAGUAAAAAUAAAACAACAACAACAAAAAAAGUGUUGAGAAAAGAUAUAAACACAUACAAACACAUAUAACUUCAGCCUUCCAUCCGUCCUUUCCCCUCCUCUCUUCUCUCAGGUCUCAGUGUCAUUGUUACUCUAUUGAAGGGGUGUCCCAGCCAGGGGAGGUGUCCUUCAGCGCCGCAGGCCCUUGGUAAGCAUCCUACACACACACACACACACACACAAGCACGCAUGCACACGCACACACUCUCAUACACACACACAGAGGUUAUAGAGAGUUCACUUCACAGACAUAAACUCCUUCGAACAAUCCCCCUGAUUGGUAACUUUUUCUCCUCUUUCUCCCUUUCUGUCUCCCUCCAACAGCCUGUGCAGGAAUGGAAGGAUGGAGUGUGUACCAGAAGAAAGAGGUAAACCAUCCCUCUCUUAUUCCCCUCUCUCCAUUCCUUUCUUAUUCUCCUUUCUCCAUCCAUCUAACAACAAAGCUCUGUUUCUGAAUGACCUCUGUCUGUUUCAGAGCCAGAGCGAGGCCAGUGUCCAGAGGGAAAGGUGUUCCACAGCUGCUCUGAGCCCCACGGGGUCCAGGGUGCGGCGGCUUGGCGAGGAGGUGUGGCCUGUGAGCUCACCUGUCGGAACCUGAUGUUGAAUCUCACCUGUCCUCCCACCACGCCCUGUAUACCUGGCUGUGUCUGCCCACCUGGGUAGGAUGUGUGUGUGUGUGUGUCUGUGUGUGUGUUUAACUUUUUAACACAGAAAAAUGUCAUUCAUUAUUUCCCAACAAGAUACGUUAACUUUAUAAACACACACAUGCUUGAGCCCUGACUGUUGUUGGCCCAUGCCUGUGUGUGUAUGUGUGUAGGCUGGUGCUGCAUCGUGGGGAAUGUUACUACCCAGAGAACUGUCCCUGUGCCUGGUUGGGCCUUGAGUAUCUGCCAGGAGAGACCGUCAACACUCCCUGUUACAGAUGGUACGACCCUCCCGUACCUCCCUCAGGAUUGUUAAAUGCUGUUAAAAUAAAUGAAAGAGAGCACUAGUUUCCUAAAUGUUUUUUAAAUGCUCAAUUGUGUUCAUUUACUGUCUGACUCAUUUGUCUACAUAUCUAUCUAUCAAUAUAUAUAUCUAAAUCAUAUAUCUCUUCUGUAUAUAUCCCUAAUAAAAAAUAUGUAUAUAUAUAUCUAAUAAUUACAGAGCGAUGAGAGAAUUAGGAGGAGAUGAGCAGACAAAAGAAGAAGAAUAGUAAAUAGGGAGAGAAUAUGAAGCCAGGGAGAGGAGGGAGCAUAGGAUGGAGGUAUACAGUCGGAAUGUGCUUAUCGAAGCUUAUACUUCUAGGAGACUAUUCUUAGAGUAGUUGUACUUAGAUAGAGCGUUCAAUUAAGCUAUCUAUCGAUUAGUCGAUAGUCUCUCUCUUGCUUCGUCUAUACUCUCAUCUCUACCGCUGCUGAACACACACUAUACUCGAGUAUCUCUUCGACGAGCUGAUAUCCUCUAGACUCUGUAUAUACUCCAUAUCUAUAUCUCCUCUCGUCCCCUGUCUAUAUCUCACCUCUCUAUAUCCUGUCUAUAUCGCAAUUUCCAUCUCUAUCUCCUAACUAUCUUAUAUCUCUCUAUAUCAUCUCUCUCUCUGCUGUCAUCCACUCUCAUUCUCUAGACUCUACUUCUAUGCUACUCUCUCUUCCUCUCUUACUCUCUCUGGUCUAUCUCCCUCUCUCUCCCUGUCUAUCUCCCUCUCCCUCUCUCUCUCUCCCUCUCUGUCUAUCUCCCUCUCUUGCUCUCUCUCUCUCUCUCUCUCUCUCUCUCUCUCUCUCUCUCUCUCUCUCUCUCUGUCUAUCUCCCUCUCUCCCUCUCUGUUUAUCUCCCCUUUCUCUCUCUGUCUAUCUCCCCUCUCUCUCUCUCCCUUUCUAUCGCUCUCUCUAUUCUUGUCUUUGCGUCUCUCUCUAGUGUGUGUCACCGGGGGUAUUUUAACUGUAGUCACAGUCCGUGUCCGGCUGUGUGUACGGUCUACAGCGACAGACACUACCACACCUUCGACGGCCUGGAGUAUGACUACCACUCGGACUGUCAGGUCUACCUACUCAAGGUGCGUGCGUGCCUGCGUGCCUGCAUGCUGGCGCGUGUGUGUGUGUGUGUGUGUGUGUGUGUGUAGGCAGAUUGGAUCAGGGAAAGGGGAUCCAAGGAGUUUCUCUAAUCUGGGAACAAUUUUUAAUUAGAGCGACUGAGGUAAGCAAAGCUGUAGCAACACACACACACACACACCUGAGUAACACAAAGAGAGGCCUGUUUGCGGCAGACUCCCAGGGAUAUAGAAUUAGAAUGAGCAGGACUUUGGGACAUUCCAGUUCUAAUCAAGGUUCUGUGGUGGCUGGACCGGCGGCCAUAUUGGGUGUUCCUUCUGAUUCUGAUCACACAUUUCCCUGUUCUGUUUGAUCUAUUCUGUUACCCAGGCCUAUGAGCUGGGGUGACCACUAGUCACCCGAUCCCUCCUGAAACAGCGGAAUAUACACAGAGUGUACAAAAAAUUAGGAACACCUUCCUAAAAUUGAGUUGCACCCCCUUUUGCCCUCAGAAUAGCCUCCAUUCGUCGGGGCAUGAACUCUACAAGGUGUCGAAAGCGUUCCACAGGGAUGCUGGCCCAUGUUGAUUCCAAUGCUUGCCACAGUUGUGCCAAGUUGGCUGGAUGUCCUUUGGGUGGUGGACCAUUCUUGAUACACACGGGAAACUGUUGAGUGUGAAAAACGCAGUAGCGUUGCAGUUCAAACCUACAACCAUACCCCGUUCAAAGGCACUUAAAUAUUUUGUCUUGCCCAUUCACCCUCUGAAUGGAACACAUACACAAUCAAUGUCUCAAUUGUCUCAAGGUUUAAAAAUACUUAUUUAACCUGUCUCCUCCCCUUCAUCUACACUGAAGUGGAUUUAACAAGUGACUUCAAUAAGGGAUCAUAGCUUUGACCUGGAUUCACCUGGUCAGUCUGUCAUGGAAAGGGUAGGUGUUCCUAACGUUUUGUACACUCAGUGUAUAGUGCAGAACAGAUAUGCAUCUAACUGACAGGUAGACUAAGAUAUGUCAGCUCUAUCCAUGACAUUUCUAUCUGCAUUGUUCAGUGUGUUGCUCCCUCCUGACCGCGACCCUGAACGUGAUGCUGUUACUGUAAAUGUCAGAGGCUCUCAGUAAAGGAACACUGAGCACCAGGAAUGCACUCUACCAGCCCUAAGGACAGACCUGCACACCACACACACACACAGUACUCUUUCUCUCUCCCGAGAGUGUAGUUGAAAUGUCUAUAAUAAGGACUGCUGUCUCUCUCUCUCUUUCUCUCUGUCUCUGUCUCUGUCUCUGUCUCUGUCUCUGUCUCUGUCUCUCUCUCUCUCUCUCUCUCUCUCUCUCUCUCUCUCUCUCUCUCUCUGUCUCACUCUCUCUCUCUCUCUCUGUCUCUGUCUCUGUCUCUGUCUCUCUCUCUCUCUCUGUCUCACUCUCUCUCUGUCUCUGUCUCUCUCUGUCUCUGUCUCUGUCUCUGUCUCUGUCUCACUCUCUCUCUGUCUCUGUCUCACUCUCUCUCUGUCUCUGUCUCUGUCUCUCUCUGUCUCUGUCUCUGUCUCACUCUCUCUCUGUCUCUGUCUCACUCUCUCUCUGUCUCUGUCUCUCUCUGUCUCUGUCUCUGUCUCUGUCUCUGUCUCUGUCUCUGUCUCUGUCUCUCUCUCUCUCUCUCUCUCUCUCUCUCUCUCUCUCUCUCUCUCUCUGUCUCUGUCUCUGUCUCUCUCUCUCUCUCUCUCUCUCUCUCUCUCUCUCUCUCUCUCUCUCUCUCUCUCUCUCUCUCUCUCAAUUCAAUUUCAAUUCAAUUUCAAUUUAAGGGCUUUAUUGGCAUGGGAAACGUGUGUUAACAUUGCCAAAGCAAGUGAAGUAGAUAGUAAACAAAAGUGAAAUAAACAAUAAAUAUUAACAGUAAACAUUACACUCAGAAGUUUCAAAAGAAUAAAGACAUUUCAAAUGUCAUAUUAUGUAUAUAUACAGUGUUUGUAACAAUGUGCAAAUAGUUAAAGUACAAAUGGGAAAAUAAAUAAACAUAAAUAUGGGUUGUAUUUACAAUGGUGUUUGUUCUUCACUGGUUGCCCUUUUCUUGUGGCAACAGGUCACAAAUCUUGCAGCUGUGAUGGCACACUGUGGUUUUUCACCCAGUAGAUAAGGGAGUUUAUCAAAAUUGGGUUUGUUUUCGAAUUCUUUGUGGAUCGCUGUAAUCUGAGGGAAAUAUGUGUCUCUAAUAUGGUCAUACAUUUGGCAGGAGGUUAGGAAGUGCAGCUCAGUUUCCACCUCAUUUUGUGGGCAGUGUGCACAUAGCCUGUCUUCUCUUGAGAGCCAGGUCUGCCUACGGCGGCCUUUCUCAAUAGCAAGGCUAUGCUCACUGAGUCUGUACAUAGUCAAAGCUUUCCUUAAGUUUGGGUCAGUCACAGUGGUCAGGUAUUCUGCCACUGUGUACUCUCUGUUUAGGGCCAAAUAGCAUUCUAGUUUGCUCUGUUUUUUUGUUUGUUCUUUCCAAUGUGUCAAGUAAUUCUCUUUUUGUUUUCUCAUGAUUUGGUUGGGUCUAGUUGUGUUGUUGUUGUUGUUAUCCUGGGGCUGUGUGGGGUCUGUUUGUGUUUGUGAACAGAGCCCAAGGACAAGCUUACUUAGGGGACUCUUCUCCAAGUUCAUCUCUCUGUAGGUGAUGGCUUUGUUAUGGAAGGUUUGGGAAUCGCUUCCUUUUAAGUGGUUAUAGAAUUUAACGGCUCUUUUCUGGAUUUUGAUAAUUAGCGGGGUAUUGGCCUAAUUCUGCUCUGCAUGCAUUAUUUGGUGUUUUACGUUGUACACGGAGGUUGUUUUUGCAGAAUUCUGCAUGCAGAGUCUCAAUUUGGUGUUUGUCCCAUUUUGUGAAUUCUUGGUUGGUGAGCGGACCCCAGACCUCAGAACCAUAAAGGGCAAUGGGUUCUAUAACUGAUUCAAGUAUUUUUAGCCAGAUCCUAAUUGGUAUGUCAAAUUUUAUGUUCCUUUUGAUGGCAUAGAAGGCCCUUCUUGCCUUGUCUCUCAGAUCGUUCACAGCUUUGUGGAAGUUACCUGUGGCGCUGAUGUUUAGGCCGAGGUAUGUAUAGUUUUUUGUGUGCUCUAGGGCAACGGUGUCUAGAUGGAAUUUGUAUUUGUGGUCCUGGCAACUGGACCUUUUUUGGAACACCAUUAUUUUUGUCUUACUGAGAUUUACUGUCAGGGCCCAGGUCUGACAGAAUCUGUGCAGAAGAUCUAGGUGCUGCUGUAGGCCCUCCUUGGUUGGUGACAGAAGCACCAGAUCGUCAGCAAACAGAAGACAUUUGACUUCAGAUUCUAGUAGGGUGAGGCCGGGUGCUGCAGACUGUUCUCUCUCUCUCUCUCUCUCUGUCUCACUCUCUCAAUUUCAAUUAAAUUCAAAGAGCUUUAUUGGUAUGGGAAACAUAUGUUUACAUUGCCAAGCAAGUCAAAUAGAUAAUAAAGAAAAGUGAAAUAAACAAGAAAAAAUGAACAGUAAACAUUACACUCACAAAAGUUCCAAAAGAAUAAAGACAUUUUAAGGGUCAUAUUAUCUCUAUAUGCAGUGUUGUAACGAUGUGCAAAUAGUUAAAGUACAAAAGGUAAAAUAAAUAAACAUAAAUAUGGGUUGUAUUUACAAUGGUGUUUGUUCUUCACUGGUUGACCUUUUCUUGUGGAAACAGGUCACAAAUCUUGCUGCUGUGAUGGCACACUGUGGUAUUUCACCCAAUAGAUAUGGGAGUUUAAUUUGGAAUUGGAUUUGUUUUCGAAUUCUUUGUGGGUCUGUGUAAUCUGAGGGAAAUAUGAGUCUGUAAUAUGGUUAUAUAUUUGGCAGGAGAUUAGGAAGUGCAGCUCAGUUUCCACCUCAUUUUGUGGGCAGUGUGCACAUAGCAUGUCUUCUCUUGACAGCCAGGUCUGCCUACGGCGGCCUCUCUCAAAAGCAAGGCUAUGCUCACUGAGUCCGUACAUAGUCAAAGCUUUCCUUAGUUUUGGGUCAGUCACAGUGGUCAGGUAUUCUGCCACAGUGUACUCUCUGUUUAGGGCCAAAUAGCGUUUUAGUUUGCUCAGUUGUUUUGUUAAUUCUUUCCAAUGUGUCAAGUAAUUAUCAUUUAGUUUUUUCAGGAUUUGGUUGGGUCUAAUUGUGUCGCUGUCCUAGGGCUCUGUUUGUGUUUGUGAACAGAGCCCCAAGGCGAUCCAGCUUGCUUGAGGGGACUCUUCUCCAGGUCAUCUAUGUAGGCGAUGGUUCAUAUUUUACAUCUCUCUAUCUAUAUAUCUCCGGAGAUCUCUCUAGAUAUUAGCUAUGACUCUGAAUACUCGAUCUUUGCUUCUCGUCUGUCAUCGGAGGGAGAGAUCGGCUAUCUCGCAUCCUCACUUCAUCUGAGAGAAGGAGCUAGUCUCUCUCCUCUUCUCUCUCUAUCGCUCUCUCUUCUCUCUCUCUCUCUUUCUCUCUCUCUCUCUCUUUCUCCUCUCUCUCUCUUUCUUCUCUCUCUCUCUCUCUCUCCAGAGUAUAGAUGGUGAGGUGUCCAUCGUGUCCCAGAAUAAGGAUUGUUAUGAGAGUGGGAUUGUCUGUAUGAAGAUGCUGGUCAUCCAUGUUGGAUUCACUAAGAUCUACUUCAACGACAACUCAGGGCAGCCUGUGUGUACCACACACACACACAUACACACUCAUUGAAGUCCAUGAGCCCUCCUUGGUGGGCAGUACAGAGCCUAAUUUAGAACAUGAAACUGACUGAUCUGAUGGCUGCUCUAACAGACAAAUGAUUAGAGUUCAAUGAAGAAGGUUUGGUACAUGUGACAAUCCUGGUGUGUCCUAACCCGGGUCUGGCCCGGUGUGUGUGUGUUGUAACCUCUACUCCUCCAGAGUCCAUCCAGUGUGGUAGGUAAGGGGUCAGAAUUUGAGCUGUGGUCAGCAGGCUACUACACAGCAAUCCACUUCCCCUACCAGGACCUAACCGUUCUCUGGGACCGCAAGACGACCGUACACAUCAGAGUUGGACCACAUUGGAAGGUAAGGAUACUAUAAGACUGUAUACUGCUCACACACACACACACACACACACACACACACUGUCUCUCUCUCUUAUCAGAGCUGAGCUGGACCACAUUGGAAGGUCAGCACUCACACAUCCACCCACCCCCACCCCUAAUCCUUAUUUAUCUUUCUCACCUUCCUCUCUCUCCCUCUAUCUAUCCUUCUCUUCCCCCUGUCUGUCUAGGGUCUCCUGAGUGGUCUGUGUGGGAACUUUGACAGUGUGACAGUGAAUGACAUGACCACAUCCAGCCACAUGGAGGUCAGCAAUGCUCAGGGCUUCGGAGACAGCUGGGCCCUGGGACAGGUACACAAACUCCGAGCCAUCUGCUCUUCACUCCCACUUGGAAUGAUAACUAUAGUGAACUAAACACAGGUUGACGUUUAUUGUCAAGGAGUCCCAGACAAAAUGUCCAUGUCAUGGGCAAAUUCUUAGGUUGUAAAUGAUUGUGGGACGUCUUGGCUCGUUCAGUGUGACAGGAUCUAGGUCUGCCUAUUAAAUACCAGUACGUUCAGUCGUAGGCUGACAAAGUUCUGGCAGUGUCAAAAUUGUUUUGCCCUAAUCGUGUAGUGUGGCUGGUGUUACGAGCCGAUCCCGGUGAAGAUUAUUGUGAAUAGUCAGAUUAAUAUAAUAGUUUGAUUUAAAAGUUUACAUGCUUUGCAAGAAGAACGAUUUCCCUAAUAACCUAGUUUACGUGACAUCUGAAAUCAGGCUAGCUGAUGGGAUUUUGACAAAUGCCCAAAAUCGGCAAUCAAAAUAAAUGUUCUAUGUUUUUUUGGGAAAGCCUAUUUGAUUCAGAGUUUGGACAUACAGUGCCUUCGAAAAGUAUUCAGACCCCUUGACUUUUUCCACAUUUUGUUACAUUACAGCCUUAUUCUAAAAUGGAUGAAUUUUUUAUUUUUUUUUCUCAGCAAUCUACACACAAUACCACAGGUUUUUAGAAUGUUUAGCAAAUUUAUUGAAAAUGAAAAACAGAAAUAUGUUAUUUACAUAAGUAUUCAGACCCUUUGCUAUGAGACUCAAAAUUGAGCUGAGGAAAAAAAAAUAUUUCAUCCAUUUUAGAAUACGGCUGUAACGUAACAAAAUGUGGAAAAAGUCAAGGGGUCUGAAUACUUUCAGAAGGCACUGUAUAACGUUUGUAUGUGUGAACUUUUUCUAAGAUGCAUACUUCACUGGCUUAUAGAGAGAGGCUUGCGCUGAUGGGGCCGGCACAUGCGCAGAUCAAAUACACUGCUGCAGUUGACGUAGCCUAUGUCGGCUGACGUAGCCUCGCAAGCUAAUAGCAGAAUGUGACAGAACGGAAGCAAAUCGUACAAUCUGGCCAGGUUUAUAUCAAUAUUUUAAUUUGGUAACAUUGCACAGUGUGAUGUGAUAAUCGUAAAAGACUGAAUCUGACGUACAGUCUGCAAAGGCCUUUAUGCAUUAGGGUUAGCAGUGUGGUUAAGGUUAGGGUUAAGGUUAGGGUAAGGUUUAAAAUCUGAUUUUAUGAGUUUGUGGCUGUGCCAGCUAGUGACCACUCUGCAGAGCUGCAUCCAGUACAUGAGUCAUGGCAAUAAAUGCCAACCUGCCAACUAAACCGAUUCACAGCCAAUUUACCAUUUAUUUUCUCUAAAGAUCAAAUAUUAUUCCCAGAGUAAUGGCAGGCUAAAAGGGGGAACUUGGAGAAUAUUUCCCUGUGCUUUGUCUUUAGUUCGGAAGUGGAAAUAGGCCUAUUUCCCCACCCCUAGCCCUAUCCCCCCUGCCACCUCGCUUCAACCCCUCAACCCAGUCUCCUGCCUCUCUAGGGUCUACCUGUGAGAUUUAGGAGAAAUCAGGCACCCACCCACCCACUCACUUUGUCUCUGUGUGUGUGUGUCAGUGUGAGAGUGACUAUGUGGUGAAGAGAGCGUGUGAAGGAGACCUGGGUAGACAGCCGUACGCCAAGAGAGAGUGUGCUCUACUCUACAGUGACGUCUUUACCCCCUGUCACAACGUGGUGAGUACACACACACACACACACACACACACACACAGGAAAGGGGGGUACGGGAACGAUUCUUAUCUGAUCUCAGUAAAUAAGCUCUACUCUCAGGAGACACACACACACACACAGGGGGUUAAGGUUAAAGGUGUUCAGCUUUAGGUGGUGGGUUGUUGAGGUUAUGUUGUGUUAUUUUCUGAGUGGCCAACAGAUGGUGGUGUAGGUUUGACUGACUUCAGAAUGACCCAACAUGGAGGUUGUCUUGCUUAAGCAAUGUUCUCCCCAGGAUUCUUUAAAGGCCCAAUGCAGCUGAUUUUAUCUCAAUAUCAAAUAAUUUCUGGGUAACAAUUUCAUUUCUGGGUUUUCAAUUAAAAUGGUGUGGUCUAAGUGGGGAGGGGAAAACUGAAAACAAGUGCACCCUAGCACAUUAUAUUGUAAAUUAUAUUGUGUGUGACCUUGUGAGAGAGAAGUCUUGCAUCUCGUGCGGCUCGUGGCAAGAUCAUUUCGCUGAGUCUACCUUUAAGUUGACAGUUUGUUUAAGUAAGAUAAUGUAUGUGAAGAUUUGUUAUUAAAAUAUUACAGUUUAUUGUUGUGACAAAGAACGCACACAUGCACGCACGCACAUACAUACACACACCCCUCCAUACACAUUGUAUUAUAAAGUCUCUAAUGUCUAAUCUGAUCCCUGUGUUCCAGAGUUCAACUCACAUCUCUUUGUUCUGAUGUACCAUCACUCAGACCCACUCUGAAUUAAUGAUAACUAUUCACCCCCCUAGAACACACACACGCACACACACACACACACACACACACACACACACACACACACACACACACACACACACACACACACACACACACACACACACACACACACGUCACUCAUUCCUAGCUACAUUAUUCACACACACCCCUAACCCACAUCUAUCCCCGACCCCCCCCCCCCCCCCCCCAGGUAGACAUGACGUACACCUGUAACAUAUGUUUGUGUGUGUGGAUGUGUGUGUGUGUGUGUGUGUGUAGGUGGAUGUCUCAUGGUUCUAUAUGAACUGCUUGACCGACACGUGUAACUGUAAUCGGGGCGGAGACUGUGAGUGUCUGUGUACGUCCAUCGCUGCCUACGCACACACCUGCUGUCAACACGGUGUUACUGUGGUCUGGAGAAACCCCUCUGUCUGUCGUGAGUACACACACACAUAAUGUGGGUCUGUUCCUCAGACCCAAUUCCUCCUGCUUUCACUGUCAGCAUAGAUGCUGUGUCACUCAAUGCUCCUAUACACACACACACAUACAUACAUACACACACACACACACACACACACACACACACACACACACACACCAGUACACAGAACUAUAGAGUCCCCCCACUGCUCCAUAUCUCCUGCACCAUUCUUUCUAUCCAUCAUCAAAUGACCCCAGAUAUUCACACAUACACUCUUACACAAUACCAUGAUCUCUCUCUCCCAGCCUGAUCUACAUAUUAUGGGUUGGCUACGUAAGUACUAUCACAUAUUGUGCCUAUGUGGAUUUGUAUGUCUAUAAAUGUUUGUACUUCUCUUCUCUUUCAGCCUAUGACUGUGAAUACUACAACCAAGGUAUGUUUGAACCUAACCAAAAAUUACUCACAAAGGAACACUUUUCAACUUACACAAAAAUACAAACACACAGGUAUAUGCACUAAGCAUCCUAAUAUAUUCACUCAACAUAGAGAAUAACCUCCACCCCUUUCUCUUUCUCUCUGUAGAGUUAGGUGAAGGUCCAUUCUCAGUGGUCAGUGCUGUAUUUAAUGCUACAGUCUUCGGUGUGAACAGAACCAGUGGGUCAGUGUUUCCUCUAGUUAGGGAGUUUGUAGGUGGGCUGCCUCCACCUGGACUGCUCUUCAACUUCAUGAUCACAGCAGGACUACAGAAGGACCGCACAUCACGUGAGUCUCACACACUCACACACACACAAAUAAACACAUUUCUCGUGAGCUUCACCGGUAUGUUAAACUCUGUAUUACAGGUCUCCCGGUGAUCUCUCUGGAGUCAGCGGAGCGUCCUAACUACUUCCUGGUUGUUUCGGGACGUGCUGGGCUGCGGUUGGAGCAGUGGACAAGAGGGGAGGAGUUUGGCCGCAGGGCUUCCUUCCUACAGCACCAGGGGCUGUUCCUGCCUGGCCGCACCUCCUUCGAGCUGAUUGGCCAGCCGGGAGUGUUCCUGACUCUGACACGCACGUCUGCACACGCUCAGAGAUACGACAACUCGGACAACUUCAAGACCAGCAGCUCCUUUACCCUGGAGGGUUAGACAGAAAUACAAAGUCAUAAUACACACACAUAUGGCGCAAUGUCAGUGCCAACAGAAAUUGAAUUUGAAUUCCAUAAUUUUGAAUAUGUAUUAGGGUAUUGAAUUUGAAUGUAAUAUUUGGGAAUUUGUAAUGCACAAAUUGAAUCAUUGAAUUCAUAAGUUGAACUUGUAUUUCAUGAUUUGAAACCAAAUUUUAUUAAUAUUGCAUUCAGUUUUAAAAUGUCAAUUUAAUUCAUUAUUCAAAUUCAAUAUUUAAGUUUUUUAUGGUAGAUAUUGCAUUCAUUGUCUAUGUAUCAAGUUUACAAACUAUAAUUUCAAGUUUACCAACGUUUCAUACACUAUAUGACCAAAAGUAUGUGGACACCUGCUCGUCGAACAUCUAAUUCCAAAAAUCAUGGGCAUUAAUAUGGAGUUGGUCCCCUCUUUGCUGCUAUAACAGCCUCCACUCUUCUGGGAAGGCUUUUCACUAGAUGUUGGAACAUUGAAUGGAAGCAAGUCCCCGCAGCAAUGUUCGCUUUGUGCACUGGGGCAUUGUCAUGCUGAAACAGGAAAAGGUCCUUCCCCAAACUGUUGCCACAAAGUUGGAAGCACAUAAUCGUCUAGAAUGUUAUUGUAUGCUGUAGCGUUAAGAUUUCCCUUCACUGGAACUAAGAGGCCUAGCCCGAACCAUGAUAAACAGCCCCAGACCAUUAUUCCUCCUCCACCAAACUUUACAGUUGGCACUAUGCAUUUGGGCAGGUAGAGUUCUCCUGGCAUCCGCCAAACCCAGAUUUGUCAGUCGGACUGCCAGAAGGUGAAGCGUGAUUCAUCACUCCAGAGAAUGCGUUUCCACUGCUUCAGAGUCCAAUGGCGGUGAGCUUUACACCACUCCAGCCGACGCUUGGCAUUGCGCAUGGUGAUCUUAGGCUUGUGUGCGGCUGCUCGGCCAUGGAAACCCAUUUCAUGAAGCGCCCUGACGAACAGUUCUUGUGCUGACGUUGCUUCCAGAGGAACUCGGUAGUGAGUGUUGCAACCGAGGACAGAUGAUUUUUACGCGCUACGCUCUUCAGCAUUCGGCGGUCUUGUUCUGUGAGCUUGAGUGGCCUACCACUUUGCGGCUGAGCCGUUGUUGCUCCUAGACGUUUCCACUUCACAAUAACAGCACUUACAGUUGACUGGGGCGACUCGAACAGGGCAGAAAUUUGAGUAACUGACUUGUUGGAAAGGUGGCAUCCUAUGACGGUGCCACAUUAAAAGUCACUGAGCUCUUCUGUAAGGCCUUUCUACUGCCAAUGUUUGUCUAUAGAGAUUGCAUGGCUGUGUGCUCGAUUUUAUCCACCUGUCAGGAACAGGUGUGGCUGAAAUAGCCGAAUCUACUAAUUUGAAGGGGUGUCCACAUACUUUUGUUUAUAAAGUGUAUAUUCAACUUCUCAGAUGCAUUCAGAUUCAGUUUUCAAAUUCAAAACCAGAGACAACAUCCUGGUACUUUGCCAGCCAGGAAAGGUAGAAGAGAACAGAUAGAUUAAAACGCCCUCUGUGAUAAACAGAAACUAGCGGUACGAACACACACACACAGUUUCUUUUUCUGUGGUUAUUGUGUGUAUGUUGACAUUGUGUAUGUGUGUAUUACAGAGAGCAGUUUUGUGAUCCCGUACCGUAUGAUGUGUGAGUGGCGCUACCAUGCAUGUGCCAGUCCGUGUGUUCGUACAUGCAGCGACCCCGCCGCCACACGCUGCCACUUCCUGCCCCCGUAAGACCACACCUCGCACACGCUUACAAAUGCACACUUAGAAACACAUGCUUACAACACCGUUAUACACUGGCUUGUCCCCUGUAGCUCAGUUGGUAGAGCAUGGCGCUUGCAACGCCAGGGUUGUGGGUUCGUUUCCCACGGGGGGCCAGUAUGAAAAUGUAUGCACUCACUAACUCUGGAUAAGAGUGUCUGCUAAAUGACUUAAAAUGUUUUAAAAAAUGUAAAUGUAAGAGAAUGUUUAAUACGCUCUUUGAACGUUUGUCCAUGUCUAUGUGUGUCUGGCAGGGUGGAGGGCUGUUUCCCUCACUGCCCCCAAAACAUGGUUCUUGAUGAGGUCACCAGGAGAUGUGUCUACACAGAGGACUGUGAGUAGAGUGUGUAUCACCCCAGGAUCUGUUAAAGUACAGGUAAAUAGGUGUUAAAGUAAUUUAUGUCUGUGUGUCUGUCCUCAGGUGUGUCCCUUCCUCCCACUCCUACACCCUACGCCUUCGUAAACCGAACAACCACCACCCCAACUACUACUAGUAGUACAGCCCCCUCUACUACCACUACAGCCCCCACUACUACCACUACAGCCCCCACUACUACCACUAUAGCCCCCACUACUACCACUAUAGCCCCCACUACUACCACUACAGCCCCCACUACUACCACUCCAGCCCCCACUACUACCACUCCAGCCCCCACUACUACCACUACAGCCCCCACUACUACCACUACAGCCCCCACUACUACCACUACAGCCCCCACUACUACCACUAUAGCCCCCACUACUACCACUCCAGCCCCCACUACUACCACUACAGCCCCCACUACUACCACUACAGCCCCCACUACUACCACUACAGCCCCCACUCCAGCCCCCACUACUACCACUACAGCCCCCUCUACUACCACUACUACUACUGUUAGGCCUACUAGUACUACUACUACAUCUAGAACCACUACUAGGACCACUACUACUAGUACCAGCGCUACAACCAGUGCUGCCUCUAUAACUGUUACUGCCACAAGAGCCCUCACUACUCCCAGUACAGCCCCAUUGACAGAGCGUUUCACCCCCACCUUCACCCCUCCUCACUCCCCCUCGCCUCCUCUCCCUUCUCUGCCCUCACCCUCCACCCCCACUGUGACCGAGCACACCACUUCACCUGCAGUCUUUACCUCUGUCUCCCCCUCUCCCUCACCCACCGCUACUAGCAGCACCACUGGGGUCACGACCCCAACCUUGACCCCUGCAGAGGUCACUACAGUAGCCUCCCCUACUCCUCCCAGCCUGGCAGUGACCGACUCCACCACUCCACCACCUCCUCCUGCUACCCCUCCCCAGCCUUCCACCCAGUCUUCUAUCUCUCCCCCAGCCACUACCUCCUUCCCCACCUCCUCUCCACCCCCUCUCUCUCCCUCUACCCACACCCCAACCACCACACAAACACAUCGUCCUGUUGCUACACCCACAGAGACCUCCUCUGUAUUUCCAGUUGUAUAUGACACCUCCUCCGUUACCAUGUCGACAUCACCCCCAGAGACGACGGAGUUCAUAACCACAGAAACAGCCACCAGUCCAGAUUUCUCUCCUACACCUGAGGCAGUCAGCAUGCCAACAGUGCUGCCCCCCUUCCUCCUGCCCACCGCCCGCUGCACAGUAAGAGCCAAUCAGUGAGAGACGGUGUGUAUGGAGAAGAUAAGAGGGCCGAGCAUGCAGCCCUGGAGAACUCCCUCUGCCAGUAGCUGAAUGUAUUGAUCUCUCUCUCUCUCUCUCUUUCUCUCUCUCUGCAGCCCCCAUACUCCUACCGUGUAGAUGAGUGUGCAGAGCUGAUCUGUUUUAAUGGGGAGCUGCUCCUCCAUAACUCCUCCCUCCACUGUCGGUACAACACCACUCCUCCUCGCUGCUCUCUGCUGGGCAUGGCUGUCCUCACCAACACCGACCCCUGCUGCCCGCUUUGGCAGUGCCCCUGUAAGAACACACACACACUACUGUACGUACACAAACAAACACACUUUACAUACACACCAGCACACACACAUUAUACAGACAUGCCUUGUUUGUGUGUGUUUGCCUAUCCGCGUUGUGUGUGUUUCCGUGUUUGUGUGUGUGUGUGUUAGGUCGCUGCUCGGUGAUGUCAGACCUGCGUGUGAUAACGUUUGACGGUAACAAUGUGGCGCUGUAUGAUAAUGGCUCCUACAUCCUGGUCUACCUGCCCAGAGAGAAAAUCAUAGGAACAGUGGACAAAUGCCCCACCAGCCAGGUACACACACUGUUAGAAGCUGUUAUAUGCUGCUGUAGUUGUUGUAGUGUUAUAGUACUAUACGUUAUUAUAGAGGUGUUAUAAACUUUUAUGGGAUUCUAUAAGCUCCUGACUUUGAUCUGUUGGCUUUGUCUUGAUUCCUAUUUAGAGCGUCAACUCCAUCAGACGACCGGUAAGUUUCCCUUUAACAUCUAAUCAUCAUGUAUGUGAUGAUGAUAGUGUUAAUUCUUAUCAGGGACUCUCUCCCUCCCUCAGAGCCCUAGUGGUGGGACGUCAGGUCUGUGUUUUAAGAAGUUGAACAUCACCACUCCCUCCUACAGGAUUAUCAUCAACCGCCUAGACCGCAAGGUGACCAUCACUGACCGCAACCGACUGACAACUGGUCACAUACUGAACUUUUACCACACUGUACAACACUGCUCAUGCUAUCUCGCUCUGUGUGUGUGUGUGUGUGUGUGUGUGUGUGUGUGUGUGUGUGUGUGUGUGUGUGUGCGUGCGUGCGUGCGUGCGUGUGUAUGCGUGUCCAGGUGUCAGUGAACCACAUCAAGGCACGGCUGCCGUUCUCCCGCCAGACCCUGUCAGUAGAGGACACAGGCAGUAUGUACCUGAUCACCACUCCUGGAGGAGUCAACAUACAGUGGUACCACAGCACUGGCAUCAUGGUGCUGCAAUACACCGCCCCCUCCAAUACGUCUGCUCCUACUAGAGGCCUCUGUGGUAAGACACUAGAUUUGGCAUUUACUCUGACACGUUCAUCCUUCACUGUCAGAUCAGGUAUAUGAAGUCCACUAGCAUGAUUUAAUGAUUCCGGAGAAGAGAGAAAGCUUCUCUCAUACCUGACCCCUCUACUACCACUACAGCCACCACUACUACCACUACAGCCCCCACUACUACCACUCCAGCCCCCACUACUACCACUACAGCCCCCUCUACUACCACUCCAGCCCCCUCUACUACCACUCCAGCCCCCUCUACUACCACUACAGCCCCCACUACUACCACUACAGCCCCCACUACUACCACUACAGCCCCCACUACUACCACUACAGCCCCCUCUACUACCACUACAGCCCCCACUACUACCACUACAGCCCCCACUACUACCACUACAGCCCCCACUACUACCACUACAGCCCCCACUACUACCACUACAGCCCCCUCUACUACCACUACAGCCCCCACUACUACCACUACAGCCCCCACUACUACCACUACAGCCCCCACUACUACCACUAUAGCCCCCACUACUACCACUACAGCCCCCACUACUACCACUACAGCCCCCUUUACUACCACUACAGCCCCCACUACUACCACUAUAGCCCCCACUACUACCACUACAGCCCCCACUACUACCACUACAGCCCCCACUACUACCACUACAGCCCCCACUACUACCACUACAGCCCCCACUACUACCACUAUAGCCCCCACUCCAGCCCCCACUACUACCACUACAGCCCCCACUACUACCACUACAGCCCCCUCUACUACCACUACAGCCCCCACUACUACCACUACUACUACUGUUAGGCCUACUAGUACUACUACUACAUCUAGAACCACUACUAGGACCACUACUACUAGUACCAGAGCUACAACCAGUGCUGCCUCUAUAACUGUUACUGCCACAAGAGCCCUCACUACUCCCAGUACAGCCCCAUUGACUGAGCGUUUCACCCCCACCCUCACCCCUGUGUGUGCGUGCAUGUGUGUGUAUGUGUGUGUGUGUGCAUCCUUAAUAGUUGUAUAAAUAAAGAAUAACGUUUUUAAAUUGUGAGCGAGAGUAGGGCCUAUUUGUUGUCAAUGCUGAUACUCAUUUUUGGGUUCUACCUCGUCUCACUUUGGUUGAGCACUGUUACGUAUACGCCGGGAGUCAGGAAGCAGGUGCAGAAGGUGAGUUUAAUAAUAAAGAAUGCAUAGAAACAAAACAUGAGAUGCGUACAGAACGUGAAUGGAAACAAUACUGCCUAAUGACUUAGGCUAUAGAGGGCUAAAUAAAGGGAGAGUAAUAAAGGUGAUAAUGAAGUCCAGGUGUGCGUAAUGAUGGGGAGCAGGUGUGCGUAACGAGAUAGCCAGGGCCGGUGGUUAGUAGACCGGUGACAUCGGGAGUAGGCGUGACAAGCACCUUCUACUUCUCUCUAAACUUGAGCUGUGCAUGUGCCUGCUGGUGUGUCUCCCAGGGUGUUGUGAUGGGAACCCGGCGGAUGACCUGAAGCUGCCUAACGGUACGGUGGUGAGGGAGGUGGAAGACCUGGGUCUGUUCCUGCAGGCCUGGAGGGUCCAAACCUCAGAGGACACGGAACACACACGACGCAUCGGAGACAACUGUACCACUGGAGACUGCUCUACCUGUCUCUCCAUGCUCAGACAGAGACCCUUCACUCCGUGCCACAGCAAGGUGUCUCCAGAGCAGUUCUGUGAUGUGAUGUGGGCAGGCGACCUCCACUAUAAGGCCCACCAGUGUGACUUCCUGGCAGCCUACGUAGCUGUCUGCUACACUUACCAAGUCUGCAUCAGCUGGAGACGACACAACUUCUGCCGUAAGGACCUUGUACACACACACACACACACACACCAAUACACACUAAUACACACUAAUACAUGCACACAUAAGGUCUGCAUUAGCUGGUAAGGACACAAAUGUGUGUUCUUGCGGUGUGUGUGUGUGUGUGUGCUAAUGCAUCUGCAUGUGUGUGCGUGUGUAGCGUUGAGGUGUCCCCCAGGUAGGGAGUACCAGGCGUGUGUGUCGACCUGUACCACCCGGACCUGUCAGAACAGAGAGUUCUAUGAGGAGACCACCUGCUCCCACAUCAGAGAGGAGUGUGUGUGUCGCUCUGGAACCAUCCUGCACCGAGCAGACUCCUCUUACUGCGUCACAGAGGAGCAGUGUGGUGAGUAUGUCAACUCUAUGUCAACUCUAUGUCAGUUACAUGUCAGCUCUAGUAUGUCAACGCUAUGAGCUGGUGCUCUGUAUGACUGUAGUUCAGGUUCUGUGUUGUUUAGUGUGUACUUUUAACGUGUGUGUCUGUGUCUAUGUGUGUAGUGUGUACUGAUAACGAGGGGUCUCCGCGGGCCCCUGGGGAGGUGUGGAACGGGUCAUUGCGUAGCUGCUGUCUGUUCCGCUGCCUGGAGAACGGUUCUGUGGUGUCAGAAGAACCUGACUGCAGCAUUAGUCCCACUCCGCUGUGUGAGAGGGAGGGAGAGUACGUACUGGAUGUCCUGGAGGAGGGGGCUUGCUGCCCCAAGAAGAUCUGUGGUGAGCACACACACAAACACACACACACACACACAUAGACACACAAAUGUAUGCUUAGACACCUACAUAUAGUCACCAACUCUCUUUCUCUCACUCUCUCUCUCUCUCUCUCUCUCUCUCUCUCUCUCUCUCUCUCUCUCUCUCUCUCAUUCUCCCUCAGAGUGUAAUCUGACCAUCUGUGAGAGUGAGGCUCCACCGUGUGAGAAUGGGAACCGGCUGGUGAUUGGUUACAGUGCCCUGUCCUGCUGCCCAGAGUACCGUUGUGGUAGGUACUGAAACAAAACAUAAUAUCUUUAAUCAUUUGAUGGUAUUGUUAGGUGUGGUUUAAUAACUGAGUCCUGUGAUUGGUGUGUCCCAGAGUGCGACCCCCAUGCCUGUCCCCCCCUCACCGCCCCUGAUUGCAGAGAAGAUCAGUUCCUAGUGGAGGUUCGUGAGGACAACUCCUGCUGUUACUCCUUCCUAUGUGGUAAGGUCAAACCUUAUACUUCGUAAUGGGUCUACCAUCACCAUCCAACAUUACUGUAGCUGGACUUGGGGUACAAUUUGUAAAGGAAAUAUAAAAACAGUCAGAUCGGCCAAAAACAGUCAGUGGUCGAAUUGACUGUGUGUGUGUUCUCUCUGCAGUGUGCGAGUCGUGUAUCGAGCCAGUCCCGUCCUGUUCUUAUGGAGAGAUACUGGCUGUGGAUCUGAACACCACCCACAGCUGCUGCCCUCAAUACCACUGUGGUAACACACACAAACAUUAUACUCUACACACCAUACAAGCUGUACACACUAUACACACACAGUGUUGAUGUUUACAGCAAUGUUCUUCUGUGUGCAGUGUGUGACGUGAACCUGUGUCCUGAGUCGUCUCUGAGCUGUUCUCCUGGUCUGUCUCUGGUCCAAACCACCCUACCUGGACACUGCUGCCCCGACCGCCACUGUGGUACACACACACACACGCGCACACACUUUUGCAAGCGCAAGAGUUGCACACACACACACACAUCUAAAUACACACACAUACCAACAUGCCCAGAACUGUCUCUUUGAAAAAAUCUUGUAGUUCAAACAGAGAGCACUGUUCCAGGCCUCCAGUUCUGUAGUAAACCCAGUCUUUCUCCUCCUCUCAGAGUGCCAGUGUGAGGACAGCUCUCUCCCAGUCUGUCAGGUGGUGAGUCAGUCAGCUUUAGGAUUGUCCUUGUGUGAUUUGUGUACGUUUGCUUGCUCUUGUGUGUGUGUGUGUGUGUGUGUGUGUGUGUGUGUGUGUGUGUGUGUGUGUGUGUGUGUGUGUGUGUGUGUGUGUGUGUGUGUGUGUCUGCGUGGUCAUAGUAAUGUCUCUGGUCUCUCAGGGGGAGGUACAGGUGGAGGUCCCAGACGGCAGAAGCACCUGUGGCUGCCCCCUCUACACCUGCAGUAAGUACACACACACACAUACACUAUACACACACACACUAUGCACAGACACUCACACACACACUAUGCACAGACACACCGCUAGGUUACCAACCCCUAACCCAUGAGCCCUGACCUGUGUGUGUAGAAUUUGUGAAUUCUUAUUAGGAUCCCCAUUAGCUAACACUGUAACGUUAGCUAAUCGUCCUGAGGCCCAACACCAAUUAAUAAGACAUUUCAAACAAUUACAAAUUAAGACUUUACAAACAUUUAACAAGUAGACAAUACAGACAAUUAAAAUACCUGACAGGUAACACAUUUAACAUUCAGUUAAUGCUUUCUAUUUCCUGUCCAGUCAUAUGGUCUAUCGCAUUAGAUGUUCUUUAAUUUUUUUCUUGAAGAUGGAUUUACUUUUUGCCUGGAACUCUUUACCAAUCCAUAUUUCUCAUUCAGCUAUGGCUCUAUAUAAAACUGUACAUUUAAGGCGAUUUGUCCUUGGCAUGGGUUGUCUUAGAUGCCCUGAAUUUAGGUGGUUAUGCAUGUUGCUAUUAUGUACUAACUGGUCUGAAAAAUACAGUGGUUUUUUGACAAAUAUAACAUUCCUAAAGAAAAUCAGAAGACUGGAUAGUAAUUUGUUUUCAACGUGAAGCCAUGAGAGAUUCUGAUGCAUUUGAAUAAUAUUUAUACGGAUAGAGCAAUGAAGAGCUAAUCUGGCAGCCCUGUUUUGAGCCAUUUUGAGCUUUUUUAUAUAUUUCUUUGCUGCAGAUGACCAUAUAACUGGACAGUACUCUAGGUGUGAUAGGACAGGGAUUGAAUCACCUGAUUCAGAGUGCUAGAUGUUACAUACUCUGAACAUUUUCUUGUAACAGCAAUUCCCUUACCCAUUUAAUAACAAUAUUAUCUAUGUGUUCUGACCAUGAUAAAGCUACGUCCAACAUGAUGCCUAGUAGUUUCGUUAUUUUCACUUGCUCUACAUGCGUUCUAUUCCUCAACAAAUUCCAUUGGGGAUCAUCAGCAAGCAUAUAUCUUGAACCAAAAACAAUACAUUUAGUUUUAGAAAUGUUCAACACCAAUUUGUUCAUAUCAACCCACCCAAACACCAUUCUUAGUUCACUACUCAGUGCAUCUGUUAGCUCAUUACAUUCUGAUGCUGCGCUAUACAUUGUAGAGUCAUCAGUAUUCAUUACCGCUCUUGCUUUGUUCAUUACUGAAGGUAAAUCAUUAGUACAGAUAGAGUAGAGAAGUGGGCCUAGGCAGCUUCCUUGAGGAACACCACAGUGUAUAUCUUUACUGUUUGAAAAGCUACCAUUAAAGAGCACUUUUGCCUUCUCCUGGAUAGAUAGCUUUCCAUCCAGGAUAGAGCUGCAGACUUAAAAUCAUAACAUUUGAGUUUACCUAGUAACAGUUCAUGAUCAAUUACAUCAAAAGCAGCACUGAAAUCUAGCAACACUGCACCAACUAACUUCCUGUCAUCCAUACUCUUUAACCAAUCAUCUGUCAAUUGUGCUAAGGCCGUACUCAUAGAAUGCCCUUCUUUGUAUGCAUGCUGGAAACCCGUUAUCAGACCAUUACAUGAGAAAUAAUCCUUGAUUUGAACAGAUACAAUUUUUUCCAAUAAUUUACUUAACACAGGCAGCAAGCUUAUAGGAUGACUAUAAGGACCAGUGAAUGCAGAUUUCUUAUCCUUAGGUAGUGGAAUAACCUUUGACUCUUUCCAGACUUCUGGGCACACCCCAGCACUUAUUAAAAAUAUGAGAGAUUGGGGUAGAUAUUUGGUUAGCUGUAACUCUAAGCAAUUUGGCGUCAAUAUUAUCUGUACCAGGUGACUUGUCAUCCGAAAGAGACAACAGCAUCCUUUCAACCUCUUCCCUUUCUACUUGGUGAAAUUCUAACAUGCAUUCGAACAUGCAUUGCCUCUCCUAGAGAAGGCGGAGGUGUGUGUGUUCCAGGGAGUCACGGUGCUGGGGCCGGGGCAGAGCCUGAUUCAGUACUAUGAAGGAGAGCUGUGUUACACCGUCCAUUGUCUGACACACCGUGACACACACACUGGAUACUACGCCAUGGACGUGUCCGCUGUCAACUGCUCUCAGAAGUGUGGCCAGGUAUGUGUUUCUCUCUCACACACACACCACAAACUUCCAUCCUGAUCAGAGCUAGGUAAAUUAUUCUGGAAUCUCUGUCCCCCCGUCCCCCUUGCUCUCCCUCUCUCUCUCAGCACCAGCUGUACGUUGCAUCAUCAGAUCCUCAGGUGUGCUGUGGCUCCUGUAAGAAUGUCUCCUGUUCUUUCAACAACGACAAUGGAACCACUGAACUCUUCACUGUGAGAACACACACAAAUCAUAAUACUACCAAACAGACACACACUCUACCUAACACACAAACACUUUGUAUGUAGACGGGGAAAUCCUGGAUGGCUAACUUUGACGGUGUGUGUGUGUGUAUGUGUGUGUGUGUGUACAGGCAGGGAGCUCCUGGGUGGAUAACUGUACGCGGUAUGACUGUGUGGAGACGACAGUGGGAACUGUGAUGCUGGCCUCAGGAGUGGUCUGCCCCCCCUUCAACGACACAGAGUGCACUCAGGUACACACUCUGUCACACACACACACACACACACUGACAUUCACACACAAUGAGGUCUGUCUGUAACCUUUCCUCAAUCGUUGCAGAAUGGGGGAGUGGUCCAGAGCUAUGUGGACGGCUGCUGCAGGACGUGUGAGUGACCAAUCACAUUCGCUUCUCAUACGCUUUCGGCUGUCAAUCACAGGGGUGGGCAGGGCGUUGCCUGGCAGCGGUUGGGCUUAUUGGCUGACUGGUUGGGGGGUGUGACCUGUAGCAGCCUUGGGCAGAGUAAAAGCUUGUGGUUGGCUGGCAACAACCAGCAUGAAUCACUACACUACCCAGCAGCCUCUGCUCUAGGGGUGGUCCUAGAUCUGCCUAAUGGUCCUGAUACACUGUCGUGAUAACAUUGAAGGAGGAUGUUACUGUUGAUUUAUCAAAUAUAUAAAAUUGUCAUACCUCACAGUUAUCUGGAGAAUAACAGCAUGCAAACAGGAGUCCUACUAUUCCCAUUGUUUCAGACUAUGAUGCUAAUGAUAAACUGUAGCUAAACUGACUCUCUGAAUCCAUAGUGUACUUUCUAGGUGUCCAUAAGAUGAAGGUAGUUUGUAUUUUGUGUGAAUAGUCCCAUUAAACACACUAAUUUCACAUGUAAAGAUGAAGAAUACAGACCCAGUGUGCUCUCCCAGUAAUACAGCAGCUCUGCCUCCUUGCCCGCUUGCCUGCUUGACCAGUUUGGCCAAUGGGAAUGCUACGUUUGUUACAGUUUGGCCAAUGAUGAUGCUUGGUGUUUAGAGUUUGGCCAAUGAGAAUGAGCCUUGGUGCAUCAGCGUAUAGUGAUCCUGAGUGUUUGGCCGUCUGGCUGUCUUCCCCAGUCUCAGAGAACACUGUCUGGCUCCCAUGGCUGUGCAUGCCAACUGCGCUGAUUCCUCUGUGUGUGUUCAAUGUGUUCUAAACCAACGUUAACCUGUGUGUUUUCCUAACGUUCUCCUGACGUUGCUGUUCCUGCCACUGCUCCCAGGUUCUGGAGUCGGUGUUUUACCGUUUACCGUUAACCCCGUAACCCCCACUGGUAGUACUAACUGUGACAAAGGUACAACGACCUCUCACCUUUCAUCUUUAACCUCUCACAUCUCACCCCAUAACCCCCAACUGGUAGUAGUAACUGUGACACAGGUACCACUACCUCUCACCCCUCACCUAUCACAGUGUGUGUUCUAGUCCUACCCCUACCACACCAUAUAUAUAAACUACAUGUUAAGGUUCACCUAACAUACCUCAGAGCAAAAUCCCAUUCAAAUGUGUCAACAUGUUAUUGCUGUGCUGAAUCCUCUAGGCCAGUGGUUACUGUACCACCAACUGAAUUUUGCUCUGCCCGGAGUACCCCUGAAGGACCCCCUCAUGUGCAUUGUACCAGUAAGCCUAUGGUCUAAUGUGUCUUCUCAAGUACCCCUGUGGAUAGGCCAAGUACCCCAAGGGGUCCUAGUACCCCUGGUUGGGAAUCACUGCUUAAUGUGAGUUAGAAUCAUCCCUGUUUCUUCAAGUAUAAAGAGAGUGUAGAGCUGGACGCCGUGUAGCUAUCUUUCAACAUUCCAUCACCCAGCCCCAACCCCCUGUCGCUUACCCUGAUUGGCCAGUGGCCAAUAGGAGCUGGGUCUCUGGCGUGAGAACUGCCCCCCCCCCCCCCCCCCCCCGGUCACCUGGCAGUCGAUCAAACUGAAUCCCCGCUGCUAGGCAACAAAGAGCCCAGCUCAAUAGACCUUUGACUGUGUGAAUGACAGGACUCUAGGGCUGAGGAUGAAAGUUGUGUGUGUGUGUGCAUGCGUGUGCAUCUCAGCGUUUCCUCUGUGUGCGUGUGUGUUUAGGUAAGGAGGACGGUAAGACGUGUAAGCGUGUGGCAAUCCGAACCACCAUCAGAAAAGACGACUGCAGGAGCAACGCACCGGUGAGAGAGAGACUGUGUCAAUGAGACAGUUUUUAAAAAAGUUAACACGGAUAGAGUAUAAAAUCCCCUUCCCUCACUCUCCCCCUUUCUCUCUCUCUCUUUCUCUCGCUCUCUCUUUUCUCUCUCUCAGGUGACAGUGUAUUCGUGUGAUGGGAAGUGUCCGUCUGCCACCAUCUUUAACUUCAACAUCAACAGCCACGCCCGCUUCUGUAAGUGCUGCAGGGAGAGUGGACUACAAACCCGCUCAGUCACCCUCUACUGCUCACACAAUGCUACCCUGGUGGUCUACAGCUUCCAGGAGCCUGUCGACUGCACCUGCCAAUGGAACUAA